UGAAAAAAUUAAGGAAUGAGAAUCCUCCAAAGUUAAUAUUACAAAAUAGUUUUCUUUGGUAUAUUCAUAAAUAAUUUAUAAUAGUAUUCUUCAUAGUAGUAGUCUAUCAAGUAGCAUAUUAUGCUUAUAAAUAACACAAACUUAGUCCCAAAGGAAAUACUAUUCCAUAUAGUUUUUAGAUUAUCAAUUAAAGUCAUUGUAUUUAUUUUAAUAAUUAAUAUAUAAUUUAAUAGCCCAUCAUUGGGAUUUGAU